AUGGUGCUAUCAAGAACCGCAUCAGAAAGCGAUGCCUCUGUGCACUCCACUUUUGCCUCACGAUAUGUCCGGGCAUCUCUUCCCAGGUUCAGGAUGGCUGAGAAUUCCAUCCCGAAGGAAGCGGCUUAUCAGAUUAUCAACGACGAGCUGAUGCUCGAUGGGAAUCCGAGGCUGAAUUUGGCGUCGUUUGUUACGACAUGGAUGGAACCAGAGUGUGAUAAGCUCAUCAUGGCCGCCAUUAACAAGAACUAUGUCGACAUGGAUGAGUAUCCCGUCACCACCGAGCUACAGAAUCGAUGCGUGAACAUGAUCGCCCAUCUCUUCAACGCUCCAUUAGGGGAAGAAGAAACGGCAGUUGGUGUUGGGACCGUUGGAUCUUCAGAGGCCAUAAUGCUGGCAGGGUUGGCAUUCAAGAGGAAAUGGCAAAAUAAGAGAAGGGCAGAGGGAAAACCCUUCGAUAAACCCAAUAUUGUUACUGGUUUGUUGGGAAAAGUUUGCAAGGUAUUUUGA